UCCUCCGCCGCCUGCUCAUGGUCUCAUGGAGCCUGUGGUCAGCCGCCGCCUUCCCCUCGAGCUUGAGAAGCCGGAGCCGCUGCCUUCCUCUCAAGCUCGCUGAACCAGCCGUCGCUGACGUCGUGUGGAGCCAGUGGUUACCGUCGCUGUCUUCCCAGCGAGCCAGCGGCAGCUGCCGCCACCUUCUUGCGAGUUCGAUGUCCACUGUCGCCGUCAUUUCGUCUCCUUCUCCAUCCCACGCGAGCUUGGUUCUGCAAGAUCUGUGCCGCAUCGAGCGCCUACAAGCACGCGGUAACCAACAGGUGAAACUCCACAUGGGUGGCAGCAGCCAAAUCUCCUCCUGCUGAUAUGACUCCUCAAAUUGAUUUCUCAGUUCUCUUUACAGUCCUACAUCUCAUGCUCUCUUCUUAUCAACCUUACAUAACUGGUGGAAACCUCUACUUGAUUUUUCUGUGGUGCAUGGUCAAUCAGGCCUGCUUGGAAGCACAAACGAAAGGAUCACAUAUGUAUGUGAGUAUGUCUAUUUGCUAAUUACUACCUUUUCCUGCAAAUACGCAUACACCACUUGGAUGUAGAUACCCAUUCUGCAUUGCUUUUCAUGUUAAUUAACUUGAUUGGGUAAAUGUUUACUACAUUGAUCGGCCGGUAUCUCAGAGUACAAUCAAUAAGUGACUGAAGAUAAUUCAUUAGCCUUUUAUGUCUAUAUAUGAUCAUAAAAAUGGCUGCAGGGUGCAUCAGACAAGCAAAAGGUAUAUGGUAAGUGAUGGCACAUUUCUUAGGGAAGGGAUUUACGAGUUCAAUGUCAAAAUCCUCUCUAUCAGUCGCCUCACAUUUUCAACUUACCUAGGUUGCUUCCCUAUUUUUAGCUACAUAAGAACUAUAUGUAUGUCACCCCAUCAGAGUUAUUUAUAUUCACAUGUUAUAUUCUAAAUCCAUAUUUGUUGAGAUGUGUUCUAUAAUUGAUCUCUAUGCAGAGUAUCCUAUCAAAACAUUAACAAUGUUAGACCGUACUUUUAGUGGGUGUUGCAUGCAGUUAUUAUUAUCAAAGCUAUCAAAGGUAUUUUACAUUGUUACAUCUCCUUCACCCUUUAUAGGUUUCUAUAUUACAAAUGCUCAUGUUAUUGUUUUAAUUCUUUUUCGACCAGUACAACCUGAUUAGCUAUUCUUACUAAUUCUAUAUUACAGAUGCUCUGUGAUAUUAAUUGUGAUCCUCUUUCAUUAUACAGGAAAUGCACGGACAGCUUGUAAAGUAAACUUGAUGAAGAGUGGUUUCCUAUCUCCAUCAAAGUUUGUCAAAUUCACUUGUCUGCUGCUGUAUUGUAUUGCUUACAAGCUAUUUUUCUUAUACCAUCAUCCCAUACGCUUAGAUGCAUAUUGUACACCCUUGCCUCAUGUAAUCAUGUUUGCAGAUAUAUUUUGGUACAUAUAUAGUCCAGUGACUCUACGAGCAACUCAAUUUACUACUAGAAAAAAGAUACCCAGUGUUCUUCUCCUUUUUAUUUAAAUAUUUUAGUAGCUUUCAUUUUCUUUACAACCUUACAAGCAAAAUGUUUGAUCUUGAUCAUGGUUUAGAAAUUGGCCGCCUCUUCGAAAUACAAGGUAAAUUAACCAAACAUUGACCUACUAUAUAUGCUUGCGUAUGUCAUAUGUAGAUAUACUCAUUACUUGAAGAAAUGCUUGACGGACAUAGUCUACAGGUAUUAUAUGCAUUAUUGGUUAGGUACUAAAAAAAUGCACACUGAUUUUACUUGAUUUUAGUUUUCCCAUACGGCCAGUAAUAUAAGGUCUCAUAGGAGUUGUUAAAUAUUCAAUCGUUUUGCCCAAAUGGUUCAAUUGAGAAGAACUUAAAGUUAGCUAUUGCAGGUAGCCUAGGCCAACAGAAAGUCUGAAGUUGUUAUCUCCUUAUUGUUUGCAGAGAUCACAUCGCAACCAACUUGAGUUGUAUGUUACCUUUAGCUUGAUUUGGUCCUGAAAUUGUUCUCACAAUUUAGGAAGCAUUUUUACUCAGUGUAUGCACCUUAAUUUUCUUCUAGACUACUAUGAAGUGAUGUGUUCAUAGUUGUUUUCUUAUUAAUCUUAAUAUGUAAAUUUGCUGAGAUGUCCUUCAAAUAUGAUGACUUCAAAUACAUUGUGCAUCUUUUAUUCUCUCAGAUUUAUAUUAUUAUCCCCCACAAUGAUGGCUUCAAAUUAACUGUGCACCUUUUACUGAUGUUGAUAUAUAGUUGUGAUUGGCAGAUACUCUAGCCAACAAUGAGUCUAUCAUGUGCUUAUGUUGUAUCACCUCUACAAUUUCCAAAAGGAAACCCUCCUUAGACACCCAAAGAUUUUGAGCAAAUGGAUAUUUUCAUCAGCAAGCCUUAUGUCCACAUUCACCUCUUUCAUUUGGAUAGUAGCCCAAGCUAAAGGAGUUAAACCAAUCAACUAAAUGAACUGCUUGUGUAUUUUAGGAUCAUAGCCAUCAACCUUGAUUUCUAUUUUAUUUUGUUAAUGGAUAAUUUAGUACAUACUGUAAAACAUAUGCAAUAUGAGUUACGUGCUCCGCUGUUGUAAAACAUGUCCACCUGUUCAUGUUCUAUUUAAUUCUUCUGAUUAAAGGUUAUAUCUAAUGCCCGCGCAACGCGUGGGGGGGGGGGGCACGGCUAGUCUGGUAUUAAACUCGUUCCCCUCGUCCCCUCUGCCCUCCCCACUCCGCGCCGCGGCAGGCGGCCGCGCGCCUGGAUCCCCCUCUCCGCCGCGCGAAUCCCUUCCUCUUGUCCGUCGCGUCGAGCCCAAUUCGGCGCGCCACCUCUCCUCCCUCCGCCGCCGGCUCAGUCACUCUCGCCAUAAGAAUCCCGGAACCACCGCCGCCGCAUAACCUCUUAGCCGCCCCAAGGCCGGGUGUUCGCCGGCACGCCGGUCCAAGGAAAGCCGUAGGAAUCUAACCAUGUCCUCAACACAGUCCUUCAAGAGUGGCGCCACUCGCAGCUUCACAACUACUAUGCGGAGAGGGGCCAAUGGCGCCCCCCUCUGCUUCUCCGGGAGCAGGGAAGGAAAGCGGCGCGCCCUCAGUUUACCCAAUGGCAGCCAAGGAAGAAGCUUGCGCUUGCGCUUGUGUUGUGCUCCUCCCGAGUCCAAGUGGUGGACGACGCCACUGACUCCUGACGAUCUAAUCGAGCCGACGGGACAUGGCCAGGAGGAACUGGAGGCUAUAUGGAACGCCCUGGUCGAAGAACCUCUCCGGCCCAUCCUGACUGCCUUUCAGGAAAUUAAGGCCACUAAUGGCAACGUCUUCCGCUGUCGCUGCUUCCACGCGGGCAUAACGUCAGGUUUAUUAGUUCUCGUGAUUCGUAUUUGUCAGUUCCACAAACUGGCGCCUGGCCUUUGCGUGGAUUUUGUUCUCGGAUAUGUAUGCUACAGGAUGAGUGUUUUAGCAGCGGAGCUGAAAAGAAAUGGGAAAGCAAACAACAUUUGUGCUAGGAUACAGUUUGUUAUUAUGCUUUUGUUGUUCUGGGCUAACAAUCCUAUUAAGGACUCUUGCUUCUACUUCACACAGUUGAUCUGGUACUUUGCACUCCAUGUGUAUUCCUGCGCUGUGUUCUACGAAUACAUUGGUGUAAAGCAUCCCGCACGCUACCUGGAAGCAAUGUUUUAUACAAUACUAACAACCAACGGUGGCCUGAUGAAAGUACUUAAGUUCAUGUUUUUGGGACAAGAAUGAGAAACAUUUUCCUUGUCUGGUGAUAUAGAAUUAGGGGGAUAUUAUAAGUUCGAUGUAUAAAUCAAAUUCACCAUGGGGAUUGCCAGAUGUGAUCUACUUAAUGAAAAUGGGAUUUUAUAACGUUACAUGUUCCUUCAAUAAUUCAUUUUAGCAUGACCAA